GUAUUUUUGUUGAUGCUGUAAAUUCCAUGGGCCAAACUUCUCUCUUCACUGCUGCAUUGCUAGGUCUUGGUAAAAUUGUGGAGGUGCUGUUGGAUUAUGGCUCAGACGCUAAUCAUCGCUGUUACGAUGGAAGCACCCCAGUCCAUGCAGCUGCAUUCUCAGGAAAUCAGUGGAUUCUUAGCAAGUUAUUGGAUGAAGGAGGUGAUCUAAGAUUACAUGAUGAAGGUGGAAGAAAUCCUCAAUGCUGGGCUAUGUCAGCUGAAAAAGAAAGCAGUGCUCAGAUGCUGGAAUUUAUACAGCGUUGUACGUUCCACAUGCAGGCUGCCAUUCAAAAUUAUCCCUCUGAUCUACUCAGGAAGGUUGGCUCAUCAAAAAUGCUGGUCUGCAGUCCGUCUAGGUUUGGUGGUCUUGUUCACGGAAAUGUUGACAGUCCUCUGGGUCCAUUUGUAAAAGGUGGAGCUACUGCAGCCAAGAACAUUUACAGCUUUGGUUUUGGGAAGUUUUAUCUUGCAGGCAAUGGGCAUCUGGAGUACUUGGCAUCUCUCCCUAUUAUUGGGGAAAAAGACAUGGUUCAGGCAGAUGAUGAACCAGCAUUUUCUUACCAUGUUGGACCAUACAUGAUCAUGACCAACUUAAUGUGGGAAGGCAGCAGAGUUACAGUGAAGGAACUCGGCUUUGAGCCUCAUCGGAACUGUAGUAAACUACGCUUAGCUGAUCUUCUCAUUGCAGAGCAGGAACGUAGUAGUAGACUCCGUCAUCCUCAUUUGCUACAGUUGAUGUCUGUUUGUCUGUCUAGUGACUUGGAGAAAACCCGUUUAGUAUGUGAAAGGGUUAACUUUGGUUCUCUGUACAGCAUCCUUCAUGAAAGGCGUACAGAGUUCCCAGUACUGCGUGUGGAGAUGAUUUUGCAUGUGCUGCUCCAAAUUAGCGAGGCUGUGCGUUUUCUACACUCCCGUGGAUUUAUCCACCGUUCAGUUACCUCCUAUGCUAUUCAAAUGGUUUCUUAUGGUCAGGCAAAGCUAUGCAACUUGGAAUACAUGAUAGAGAGCAAAGAUGGUGGAGAACACAGUGAUCUGACACGUAUUCCUGUCCCAGUCCAGCUGUAUAAGUGGUGCUCUCCUGAAAUAAUCCUUGAAAAAGUCAUCACAGUCAAAUCAGAUAUUUAUAGUUUCUGUACAGUACUGCAGGAGGCCUUGACAGAGACCCCUCCCUGGAAAGGUCUCGAAGACUCAGUUAUUAAACAGCUCGUAUCUGUGGGACAGCAGUUAGAAGCAGAUGCCAGACUUCCUAGGCAGUAUUACAGCAUAGUAAAGGCAGGGCUAGAACCUAAACAGAAGAACCGCUCCGUGAAACUCCAGGAUAUUCAGUAUAUACUGAAGAAUGACUUAAAGGACUUAACUAAGUCUCAAACUCUUCAUGGUGAUGAAAUGUCAAAAGCACAAAGACACACUGUUUUUGCAGAUGUGAAUGUCUGUUUGGCAUCACCUUUUAGCUACCAGAAGACAACAGAGGAAUUGCAGGGAGAAGAACUUAAUGAAGACUUCCUGGAAGAAGGAGCUGGAUUAGGUCAAACUCUAAAGAAUGAAAAGAGAGAGCAAAAGGAAGAAGAUAAGGCUACUGUCAGAGACCUGUAUGCAUCCCCGGGAGUAUACCGUGAGGAAAAGCCAGUUUAUGAGGAAGGUGGCUUUUCAGAAUCAGGUAAAGACUACAUCACAGAAGAGGAGGAGAGGGAAAGUGAGGCCUCUGACCUGUGCAUGCUGGCAGAGGUGAGAGGGGAUGCAGAGAGAAGAAUGAGUAGUCUGUCCCAAAAUGAGGAGCAGCUCAUCGGCCAAUGUGUCCUUAAUGUAAAGAUUCUUCAAAACAUGUUGCAGCAGGCAGCAGAUGCCCUGUGUAGAACAGAGAAGGCACUGGACAAAUCAGAGGAUGCUGAAAAGCAAAAGAAGCUGCAAACUUUUCAAGAAAGACACUGGAACAGAUCUGAUGAUACUUCCCAAAAUACCAAUAACCGUUUUUCUGGAGCUAAUACUUUUGUAUGGAAGGCUAUAGGUCCGCCAUCACGUGACUAUAUUCCACCACUGGUAAUAUGUCCGGGACAAGGAACAUUGAGUCUAGAGAGUUUACAAGUUAUUUCAAAGACAGGAAAGGAAAUGGAGGCAAUUCAAAAUGAAAAGUGGAAGUAUUUUCAUGAGAUGAGUAAGAGUGAAAAUGAAAGCCACCACCAUGAUCUCAGCUUCAGCGUGAUGAAAAGCCUGGAUGAUGAAACGAGCAUAGACCCUGAGGUAUCUGUAAGAUGCAAAAAAAAGUUCAACUUGCAGUGUCAGAGAGGCGAUGAUUCACAUUCUGCAGCAAGUGGAAGUGAAGAAGAGAGGUGGUACUAUUCGAAAUCAAGAGAUGAAAUUGACAGUGCAAAAAUAAGUGAGGAGAGAAAGAUGAUGCAAGCAGAAUGGAGAACUGAAAUAAAACAAAUGGCCAGAAGAGUGGCCUUAGGACAACUAGAACUUUGCUCUCCGUAUCCAGCCGGUGAAUGCACGUCUGAAAGUGAAGCAGAGGGUAUAAAGAAAGCCUUUCAAUAUGUCACUGUUAGAGGUCAAAAAAGUCAAGACCAACAAAGAUACAGCUGGCAGACAAGUGAUAAUGUUGAUCCUUGGGAUCUGGGCAGUGAGGAUAGAGCUGAAUCUGAGGAGAGUGGUCUGGAGUCCACAUUCAGAAGUUCUGAAGGGGGAAGUUGCCAGUCGCCAUCACAAGAUGAACAAGCAGAGUCUCAAAUAGCCAUUCAUAAGAAUUCAAUCCUUCCUCAACAGGUUGAGAAUCUCUCAAGGGGGCAUUCGAGGGAAUUACAUUGUUCCCUUAGUUCGUCUCAUAGUGCGUCUGAAGAAUUCAUGACUCUUGGCCCUGAUUAUUUCCUUCCUCCUACUGCUCAGGGAAGUUCAGAACUAGAGGUAAAAAUAACAGAGAAGACAGGAAUGAAGUCUGUGUCAAGAACUGUGGAUACCUCAGAUGAUGAGGGCAAAUUAGAAGAUGCUUGCAAAGGAUUAUUACAGAAACAGUUACCUGAAGAUGCAGGAUCAGGUAUUGAGAUUUCAGGAGGAAAAAUAUUCUGCAGCACAGCGGCGCAGAACUCUGGCAAUAACGCGCUAGGAGUGAAUCUGCUUAGCCAUAUGCCCGUAGCCAGUGUUGAAGCAGCAGGAGAAGUGACACUGUGGGAGCCACAGGGAGAAUGCAAAGAAAAAGAUGUGUCAGUGCCAGAUAUUCAGGAUUUGUCGAGUAUCCCCUACGAGCAAGAGUACUGUUGCAGGGAUAUAGACUGUAAAACGCCCCGAGUCAGUCGUGCACCAGCCGUCAGCACUCCGCUCAGCUCAGAACUGAAAAUUACAAUAGCCUUUGAGAAAUACAAGCACUACCAUGAAGUACCUUCAGAUUCUUCCUUUGGCGUUGCUCAAGAGAUCUCUUCUGAAGUGUCCAGAAUGUUCAUUACAGCCUAUGAAGGGGGAAGGAACACUGAAAUUCCCUCCGUUGCUUCAGAAGUUCGCUCAACUGCAUUGAAUGAACCUGACGGGUUGCCAGUAGUUGCUUCAUCCUCAAGAAGCACCAGGAAGGCAUCUGCACUCUCACAGGCAUCUAAGCACUUCAUUGAUGAGCUGCCUCCACCAGCCCAAGAGCUGCUGGAUGAAAUUGAAUAUUUAAAGCAGCAAGAUUCCAUCGCUCCAGACUUUAAAGAGAAGGAAUCGAACGACUGCGGAGUGCAAAUAAAUGUUGCUGAGGAAGUUAUAAUGGAAGACAGAGAGUCAAAAAAAGAAACUGAGAGAAAUGAGAGAAGUCACAGUUUAUGGACUACAGAGUCAUUUGUUCUAGCAGAGGAAACAGAAAGGGCUCACUCUACUCUUGACUAUGUUUUAGAAAGACAGCUCCAUGCAGCUCCUGGAGAUGAGGAGAUCAAAGAACAGCCUCAGGGACACACUCUUGGGGCUGCAAGCAUGCAAGAUCCAGAAGAUGCUGGAAGGCAGAAGGGAGCAGAGGAAGACGAAGCCAGGGCCAGAAGCAGAGCACCAGAAAGCUGUCCAGGGAGUUCAGAAGGUCCUCUUUGUCUGUAA